AUGGCUGGGAAGGUUCUGUCGCUGCUGCCGCCGUUGCUGCUGGCCGUGGCAGGCCUCGCGGGGCUCCUGCUGCUAUACGUCCCCACCCGCGACGUCCGGGAGCUGCCCGCCCUCAAGUAUGGCAUUGUCCUGGACGCUGGCUCUUCCCACACAUCCAUGUUUAUCUACAAGUGGCCCGCAGACAAGGAGAAUGACACGGGCAUCGUGGGCCAGCACAGCUCCUGUGACGUGCGCGGAGGGGGCAUCUCCAGCUAUGCAGACAACCCUUCCAGGGCUGGCCAGAGUCUUGUUGAAUGCUUGGACCAGGCACUUCAGGACGUGCCCAAAGAGAGACACGUGGGCACACCCCUCUACCUGGGAGCCACAGCAGGCAUGCGCCUGCUCAACCUGACCAGUCCAGAGGCCUCGGCCAAUGUGCUUGCGGCUGUGACCCAGACGCUGACCCAGUAUCCCUUUGAUUUCCGUGGUGCCCACAUCCUCUCGGGCCAGGACGAGGGGGUGUUUGGUUGGGUGACCGCCAACUACCUGCUGGAGAACUUCAUCAAGUAUGGCUGGGUGGGCCGGUGGUUCCGGCCAAGGAAGGGGACGUUGGGGGCCAUGGACCUGGGGGGCGCCUCCACUCAGAUCACCUUCGAGACGGCCAGCCCAGCUGAGGAUCCAGCCAAUGAGGUCCAGCUUCGGCUCUAUGGCCAGCACUACCGGGUCUACACACACAGCUUCCUCUGCUAUGGCCGUGACCAGGUCCUCCGGAGGCUGCUGGCUGGUGCACUGCAGACCCAUGGCUUCCAUCCUUGCUGGCCAAGGGGCUAUUCCACCCAAGUGCUGCUUCAGGAUGUGUAUGAGUCUCCAUGCACUGCGGCCCAGCGGCCCCAGGCCUUCAACAACAGCACCAGGGUCAGCUUGUCCGGGACUAGCAACCCUGCCCUCUGCCGUAGCCUCAUCAUGGGACUCUUCAAUUUCUCCUCCUGCCGCUUCUCCCGAUGUUCCUUCAAUGGCAUCUUCCAGCCCCCUGUGGCUGGGAACUUCAUUGCCUUUUCUGCCUUCUUCUACACCAUGAACUUCCUGCGGACGGUGAUGGGGCUGCCUGUGGCAACCUUGCAGCAGCUGGAGGCAGCUGUGGUCACGGUCUGCAACCAGACAUGGAGUGAGCUACAGUCUCGGGCCCCGGGGGAGCGGGCCCGCCUGCCCGACUACUGCGCGGGGGCCAUGUUCGUGCAGCAGCUGCUGAGCCGCGGCUACGGCUUCCACGAGCGCGCCUUCGGAGGGGUGACCUUCCAGAAAAAGGCCGGGGACACCGCGGUCGGAUGGGCGCUCGGCUACAUGCUGAACCUGACCAACCUGAUCCCCGCCGAGCCGCCGGCGCUGCGCAAGGGCACAGACUUCGGCGCCUGGGUCGUCCUUGUCCUGCUCUGCGCCGCCAUGCUUCUGGCCGCGUUCGUUCUGCUGCUGCGCCAGGCGCGCUCGGCCAAGUCGUCGGGCGCCAUCUAG